UGUAUCGAUGAAGUUGUUUCAAAGAUGGCGGAUUUCCUGCCGUCCCGCUCCGUUUUAUCUGUAUGUUUCCCUAACUGUCUCCUCACUAGCGGCGAGGCAGAACAGAUGCGGAAAUCUAAAGAGAUAGAUAAGUGUAUUAAUCGGGAUAAGACGUAUGUAAAAAGGCUAGUAAAGAUCCUGUUGCUUGGAGCAGGCGAGAGCGGCAAGUCCACUUUCCUCAAGCAGAUGCGCAUUAUCCAUGGGCAGGACUUCGAUCAGAAGGCCAAAGAAGAAUUCAGAGCUACGAUUUAUAGUAAUGUUAUAAAAGGUAUUCGAGUGUUGGUGGACGCUCGAGAAAAACUACACAUCCCAUGGGGCAACCCGUCCAACCAGAUGCACGGAGACACCAUGAUGGCGUUCGACACCCGAGCUAUGAUGGCCCACGGUCACGGCAUGGUGGAGGCCAAGGUUUUUCAGCACUACCUGCCUUCCAUCCGAGCCCUGUGGGCCGACCAGGGCCUCCAGAACGCCUACGACCGCCGCAGAGAGUUCCAGCUGGGGGAGUCAGUCAAGUAUUUCCUGGAUAAUUUGGAAAAGCUCGGACUGUCGGACUACCUCCCCAGCCAACAGGACAUCCUCCUGGCCAGAAAGCCUACUAAGGGCAUCCACGAGUACGACUUUGAGAUCAAGAACGUGCCCUUCAAGAUGGUGGACGUGGGCGGUCAGCGCUCCGAGAGGCGGCGCUGGUUCGAAUGCUUCGACUCAGUCACUUCCAUCCUCUUCCUCGUCUCCUCCUCUGAAUACGACCAGGUGCUGAUGGAGGACCGGCAGACCAACCGGCUGAGCGAGUCACUCAACAUCUUCGAGACCAUCGUCAACAACCGGGUGUUCAGCAACGUCUCCAUCAUCCUGUUCCUGAACAAGACGGACCUGCUAGAGGAGAAGGUGAAGCAAGUAUCCAUCAAAGACUACUUCCCCGAGUUCUCGGGCGACCCCAUGAGCCUGGCGGACGUCCAGCGCUUCCUGGUGGAAUGCUUUCGCAAGAAGCGCCGCGAGCAGCAGCAGAAGCCGCUGUACCACCACUUCACCACGGCCAUCAACACCGAGAACAUCCGGCUGGUGUUCCGUGACGUCAAGGACACCAUCCUGCAUGACAACCUCAAGCAGCUUAUGCUGCAGUGAGGGGACAGACCAGGAGGAGGAGGAGGAGGAGGAGGAGGAUGAGGAGGAGCAGGAGGAUGGUUGGGUGGAGGCAGACAGAAACUGGGUGUCAAGGUGCCUUUUUCCUUACCCCACCCACCAGCCUGUAAGGGGAGCAGGUGAUGUCCCUCCACCCAUCCACCCUCCCUCCCUGACUUUGACCCACUCCUCACUUUUGAAAUUUGACUUUGUAUUAAAGCCACCACUACUACCGCCAUUCCCCCCCCCCUCCCCCCCCCCCACGCUUGCUCUCUGCCUUAUCGAGCUUGUUCACUGUGACUUACAACAGCCACCUUCGGCUCAGAGCUCCAACCUCCCUGUGACCCUUCAAACCACUGUAAAUGACCUCUAACCCCCCCCACCCCACCCUGUCUACACUCUCCAGUGGACCUCCCUGAGAUCUUAUAUGGUAUUUCCUCCCUAUGUGUCGCUCUAAUUCACACACUGUCCUUCUUUUCUAUGCUGCUCUGACCACUGUUGCUAGGGAGGGAGAGGGGGAGGGGCUUGUUUUUAGUUUGGUGUUACUGAGUUACAAUUCCCUGACUGUUGCCAGGUUUUGCCUUCCUCUUCAGAGCUGCUUUUGUUUUCGUCUUUGGUUUUUACAUCUGCUCUCCACCGGCGCUCGGUGAUGACAUCGCUGGGGUGGGGAUUUCCUCUGAGAGAAGUUGAACAGGAAAAGAACAGGGCUAACACACACACACACAUACACGCAAACGCUCUCUCUCUCUCUCUCACACACACACACACACACACACACACA